UAACACUAACAAAAUCUAUAAGUAGAAUUCUCCCCCAAAAUAGAAACGAAAAGAAAAUGCAGUGGGAGUUUAAUGGAAAUCUGUAUAAAUUCGAUUUUCAUCUCCUGAAGAACUCGAAUCCCACUUCAAGAUUCCCAAUCUUUUUCCCCCAAAAAGAUGAUCAGAUCUUUAUCUCGAAAGAAACCCACCGGUCGCCGGCGAUUCAGGGACUACUACGCCAUAUGGAUCGACACCCUGAAGACAAUCCACCUCCCAAUCCUCCGCCACCACAUGUCUUGCGCCACCUCCACCUCCUCCCCAAACCUCCUCUCCGCCCACGUUGAAAUCCUCCACCACCACUUCAAAUCCUACUACCACAACCUCGACCUCGCCGCCUCCACCGACGUCUCUCAAAUCCUCAUUCCCGUCGACCACCGUAACGCCAUGGAACUCCCUUUCCUCUGGCUUGGCGACCUCCACCCCUACCUCUUCACCAACCUCCUCCGCUCCUACCUCCUCCAACACGACGACAGUUUCUCGCUUCAAGAACCAGAGAACGAAGACGAAGAGUACGAUUAUCAAGAACAACAAGAACAAGAAAUCGAAGAAGAAGACGAAGACGAAAUCGAAGUGGGUGAAUCUUGCGAGUUCUUGAAGAAACAGUGGCCAUUAAUGAAUGCUUGGAAGAUCCAGUCGCGUAAAUUAACAACCAGAAUCGAUCAGAUUGAACGUGGGCUGCGGUUGAUGGUGCCGGCAUUGAUGAACAGAGCAAGGAGAGCUCAAGCGGGGUUUGUUCAGAAAGUCGGCUCAGGCGAGGUGUCUCCGGCGGCUGCUGCGGCGGAGAUGGAGGAAGAGAUGGUAGGGAUUGUUAUGGAUGCGAAUAGGCUGAGGAAGGAUGUGAUAUCGGAGAUUGUGAGUGUAACAACUGUGUAUCAAGCAGCUCUGUUUCUUGAAGGAUUAGCCCAAUUUCUUGUUGGGAUUCGAGAUGGGAAAUUGUUGCAGGAAUUCAAAUCUUGUAAAUCGACACUCAAUUGAUUAUCAAUUGCAUUUGUGGAUCAUAUUCUUUGAAGCUUGGAUUUUUCAUGGUAUUUGGGACAUUUUCAUCUAAAUUCCCAAGUGUUUGUAAUUAAAGUUUUGAUUUUUUCUUUUGUUUUGUUUUUCGACCGAUUUGAUCUGUAGUGUACAAAGAGUUCUUUGUUUGUUAUGAAAUUAAAUUUGGAGUUUGAGUCCAUUUUUCG